AUGAACUGUAAAAAUGAUCACAAAAUUAAGAGUUCUGAUUACCAUACACCUGCAGAAUGGCGGCAUAGGGGUGAACUGGAAAUUAUGGCAUCCGAAGAACAACAGGAGUUGGCUCAAAGGUUGACACUUGAAGCUGACCGGUUAGUCGAUCAAGCUAAAGACGCUGUGGGGAAAAAUAAGCUAGAGAUCGACCAUCAGUCAAAAGUAAAAGUCAAAGAUAUAGAGUACAAGUGCAAAGAACUAGAAAAACAAAAAUUUGGUGUAAAUGAAGAGAUUCGGUUGCUUUUAGGCUAUCAGACUCGCAUCGAAAAUGCCAAGAAACAACUAGUUGGUGACGCGCUCGAAGCCAUUGCCGAGUGCCUUAGGCUUAGAAAUUGUCGGCAAGGUAUAGACUUAGUAUUCGAUGACGUCGAGAAAGAACUGUUAAAAGAACGGGAACUAAUCAAAGUUGUAAACAGUCAACUCGAAGAUUUGGUAGAAAAAGUCAAGGUGCAGAUAAGGAAAUUAAGGGAGUUUGUUUACAAUUUGGCUGAAGAUUUACUCUGUAAAGAAAAUACGUUGAAAAUCGAAGAGUGCAACGAAAAACUCAACGAAAACAGCAUUGAGUUGUCAGUUUUGAAAGACAAAAAUAUAAUAAAACCGGCAGAGAUUUCGUUCACAAAAUGGGAUCAAUUCACCACGGACAUUAUAUUGGCGGCCAGUAAAGUGCUAAUAGACGGUCGACCUAUUCGUGCAUAUUUUGACAAGUGUCUAAGUAAAAUUAUAAAUGACUUGGUGUGCCAAUCAGACGAAGUCGAACAAGCAUUUAAAUCACGGGUGCAGGAAUAUUUAACAGUGAUUGAAAAAUUAAGCAAACAAAGAGAUGAAACUAUCAAGAAUGCAGAAGAAGUUCAAGGAACGAUCGAAAAACUUAAAAUCGCUGUAGAUGAUAAAGAGGCGUAUAUAGCGUUAGUGCAUACUCGGCUGUUGAACCGUACGCGCAGGGAGGGUAUCGAGCUGUGCAGGGACGAGCUGGAAGUGAAGCUGCACGAAGAGAUGACUGAAUUAGAAAACAAUGUGCUGAGUCUGCAAAAGAUGAUCGUCGAUACGAUCGUGUGCCAGCGACGGCUCAAACAGUCGUCCGCCCGUAUCGACGUGCAGCUGACCUACAAGCGUAACACGUUACGCAUCGAUGGCGAGCUGUGCGCUGAGCAACGGAAUCGUAUCAACUACCGCGCCUUUUGA